UACAAAAUAGAGCUAGCUAUAUGGCUUGUAAUUUUCUUGUAACUUCAUGUACUACCAUUUCCUCAUCAUCACCAUCGAAAAUUUUCGUCCGUGCAAAAUGUAUGGAUAACUUUAAGGUGAAUUGUGAAAUAAAAAAUAAUAGUUUGAAUCAUGAUAAUGAUGAAGAAAAAUGUUUUCCAAGGAAACUUGACAGGAGAAAUGUCCUCCUUGGUCUAGGUGGGCUCUAUGGAGCGUCUAAUUUUAUCGGUGUAGCCAACGAACCAUUUGCCUUAGGUGCACCGGUACCACCCCCUGACUUUUCAUCAUGUAGCACAGCUAGUCUUCCUGAUGGUUCACCAGUACCCUUCACUUGUUGUCCACCACUCCCAAAAGACCUAAGUAAUAUCCCUACUUACAAACUUCCUAACGUGUCUAAAGUCAAAAUUAGACCAGCUGCACAUAAUGUGACGCAAGAAUACAUAUCUAAAUAUUCCACUGCCAUUCAAAAAAUGAAAUCAUUAGACAAAGAUGAUCCAUUAAACUUCAUGCAACAAGCCAAUAUCCAUUGUGCUUAUUGUAACUCUGGUUACAAAGAAUUAGGGUUUCCGGGUGUACCAUUACAAGUUCAUUUCUCAUGGCUAUUUUUCCCUUUCCAUCGAUGGUACUUGUACUUCUUCGAAAGAAUUCUUGGUUCAUUAAUUGGUGAUGAUACAUUUGCUUUGCCAUUUUGGAACUAUGAUAGUCAAGUUGGGAUGCAAUUGCCAUCUUUGUACAAUGAUGUUAAUUCACCAUUGUACGAUCCCAAUCGUAACCAAAAUCAUUUUCCACCUAACGUCAUUGACAUAGGGUUUACUACCAUAGACCUCGAUGCAUCCGAUCAACAAAAAAUCAACAACAAUCUCACGAUGAUGUAUCGACAAAUGCUGACGAAUGCUCCUUGUCCUCAGCUAUUUUUUGGAAACCCUAUACAUGGAGGAGAACAGCCGAUUCGCGGUAUGGGUACUAUUGAGAAUAUCCCACAUAACGCUGUGCAUCGAUGGGUUGGCAAUCCAAAUAAUAAGUUUAGGGAGAAUAUGGGGACUUUCUAUUCAGCUGCUAGAGAUCCCAUUUUCUAUGCUCAUCAUGCUAAUGUUGACAGGAUGUGGACCAUUUGGAAAACUCUAGGAGGCAAACGACAUGACUUCAAUGAUAGGGAUUGGCUAGAUAGUGCCUUCUUAUUCUAUGACGAAAACCGGACUCUUGUGAAAGUGAGUGUCCAAGAUUGCAUAAACAAUGAGAAAUUAGGAUACAAAUACGAAAAUGUCCCUAUUCCAUGGAAGAAUUUCAAGCCAGUUCCACGUAAGCAAAAAGUCAAAAAGAACCCUAAGAAUGUAAAAGCAUCGACAGAAAUCUUCCCUUCUACAUUGAAAAAAACAUUGUCAUUUUCCAUCAAAAGGCCUAAGAUAUCAAGGACUGUUCAAGACAAGGACAUCGAAGAGGAACUGCUGGUAUUCAACAACAUGACAUUCGAUGAAAAUGAAUACAUAAGGUUCGAUGUAUUUAUAAAUGAGGACGAAGGUGUGAAGGCAAAGGUACUCGAUAGGACUGAGUAUGUUGGUAGCUUCGCCAAUUUGCCUCAUGUGCAUGAUGGAGGGAAGAACAAAACUACUACUACUACUAGUAGUACUCCAGCUAUUAUGAGUUUGGCAAUUACUGAGAUUUUAGAGGAUUUGGGACUUGAAGAUGAAGAAGAGAUUGUGGUUGUUGUUGUGCCACAGUCUGGAGGAAAAGAGAUUACUAUUGGAAGUGUGGAGAUUAACACUCUUGCUUGUGCAAAUUGA